AUGCACAUGCUUCAUGCCCAGUUGCAUGAUAAACUGUGGGUUGUUGACACAGAGGAGGAGGAGGAGGAGGUAUCAUCAGCAGUGCCGAUCGUUUGGAAUCAGAGACCUUUCUGCUGUCGUUGCUCAACUUUGUCUCCCAAUUUUUUCUUUCUUUAGAU